AUGUCUUCUGCUACCGGCGAUCUCAACGAAACUCAACUCUCCACCUCCUUUUCCUCUACAGAAUCAUCAAAAUCAUGCCGACACUUUGAGUUUCCUGAGAUUCUCUUAGCAACCAAUAACUUUGACGAAUCAUUAGUAAUUGGGCAUGGAGGGUUUGGAAAAGUUUACAAAGGUAACAUUAUUAAUGGAUCAAUUGUUUCUGUUGCUGCCUUUAAACGGUUGGAUUCUAUGUCCAGUCAAGGUGCAACAGAAUUCUGGGCAGAAGUUGAGAUGCUUUCAAAUUUGCGUCACUGUCACCUUGUAUCUUUGUUUGGUUAUUGUAGUCAUGAAAAUGAAAUGAUCCUCGUAUAUGAAUAUAUGCCCAAUGGAACACUCGAAGAUCACCUCCAUUCACUUGGUACCCCUCUUUCUUGGCUUCAACGACUCAAGAUCUGCAUAAGUGCAGCUCGUGGGUUAGACUAUCUCCACACUGGUACAGGGAUUGAUGUUGGGGUUAUACAUCGUGAUGUCAAGAGCUCCAAUAUUUUGUUGCAUGAAAGUUGGGCAGCUAAAAUUUCAGAUUUUGGGUUGUCCAAAAUAGGUCCAACAAAUCAGCCAUUGACUCAUGUCCACACACUUGUUAGAGGAACUUUUGGGUAUCUAGAUCCAGAUUAUUCCUUCACAGGAAGGUUGACAAGGAAGUCUGAUGUCUAUGCUUUUGGGGUGGUAUUGCUGGAAGUGCUUUGUCGUAAGCGUGCAGUGGAUGAAAGCCUUGGUGAAGAGCAAUGGAAUUUAGCAAGAUGGGUGCAAGAAUCUAUCAAAGAAGGCAAUUUAAAGCAUAUAAUUGACAACGGCAUAAGGGAUGAAAUAUCUCCAAAGUGUUUAAAAGAGUUUGUUCGAAUUGCAGAGAGAUGUUUGCUCAGCAAUCCAAAGCAGCGCCCUAUGAUGGCUGAGGUUGUGGUACGUCUCAAUUAUGUACUGACCUUACAGCAGAAACUCAACAUUUCCUUGCAGGCUACAGACAAAACAAUAUUUGGAAAAUUGCUUGAUAUGUUUCCCUUCGCCUCCAACGGAGAGAACUCUGCCCAUGGCGAUUCAAAGCCAUCAAGUAAUAUAAAAGACACCAGUAGAAGAAAUGCUGAUGAUAGUGUACCUGUUGACAACAAAGAUUCCACAAGAACUGCUCCAAAAUUAUUUGAAGUAUAUAAGUUUGAUGAUUUAGAAGUGGCUACACAAAACUUCUUGUUCCUAUGUCAUGGUUCUCGAGACUUAUUCAUAGGUUGGGUUGACAAGAACACAUUCACACCUUCACUUGGGGGGAUGGGAAUUGAAGUUGCAGUUGAAUGGUAUAGUGAACUUCAGCCAAAGUGCCAGGUGAAAGAAGACGGGAAAAGCGGGUUGCUUUGUUUUCUUGAUCGGUGGGAGAUCGAAGGCUCUCGUGUCACAGAAGUGUUAUGCGCAAACGGGUUCUGUGUGGUGACAUACAAUAGCCGGGUGUAG